AAGAUAUUAAUAACUUCUUUACAUAUCUACUCACUUUUCUUGUUUCUCUUUUUCUCUUAUAAAUCCUCUUUAUAAUACAUUGCAAGUCACUCUUCCCUAGAGUAAUUACCACACCCACUGUUUUCUUAUUUUAAAAAAGUCUCUUUUUUCUCUUACCCUCACCCACGCGCGUGCAUUUGAAGAAUGGUGCUUACAAGUGAAGAAGUAAACAUAAUAAUUUACAAAUAUUUGCAGGAAUCAGGUUUUCGACAUACUUCAUUUGCGUUUCAAUAUGAGAGUCAAGUAGAGAAAUCAGCUUAUAGAGAUACACACAUUCAGCCAGGAGCAUUAAUAAACAUCAUUCACAAAGGCCUUCAGUUUAUGGAAAUAGAAGCACAUAUGAAUGAAGAAGGCGAAUUGAUGGAAUGCACCGUUCCAUUCUCGUUAUUAGAACCUCAUCACUGUGAAUUAACCGGAAACACAUUCAACACGGAACCUGUGAGAACAACAAAGAGGCAAAGAAAGGAAACUGAGAAAAAACAACAAAAAGAACGAGAGAAAAGAGCAAGGAAGGACGUGGGAGACGACGAAGAGUCAAUAAAAGAGGAAAAUGAGACAGUGAAGAAGGUGAUAAAAGAAGACGAAGAUAUGGCAGAGAAUAAUCCAAUAAUACCUGCGAAUACGACAUCAGAGUCAUCGUUACCAACGAAAAUCACAGAGGUUGAUCCGGAUGACGUUAUUAUAUUAAAGGGACAUAAAAGCGAAGUGUUUUCUUGUGCUUGGAAUCCUGUAACUACGUCUCUUCUUGCUUCGGGUUCUGGAGAUGCAACAGCAAGACUAUGGCAUGUACCAGAAGACAAGAACGAAGCAGCCAAUUCUAUCACACUGAAUCAUUUACCCAACUUGAACGAUAAUAAGGAUGUAACAACACUAGAUUGGAAUCCAACAGGUACCUUAUUAGUCACUGGGUCGUAUGAUGGACAAGCAAGGAUUUGGACACAAAAAGGUCAAUUACGUUUUGUUAUGGCACAGCACAGAGGGCCGAUCUUUUCCUUAAAAUGGAAUAUGAAAGGAGAUCUUAUAUUGAGCGGCAGUGCAGACACAACAACGAUCGUUUGGGACCCUGAAACUGGAGAAAUGAAGCAGCAGUUUGAACAUCAUAUGCUAGCUAUUCUCGAUGUGGACUGGAUGGAUAACACAACGUUUGCUUCUUGCUCGUCAGAUAGAACAAUUUAUGUUUGUAAAAUUGGACAAACAAAACCAUUAAAGAAAUGGGUGGGUCAUGAAGAUGAAGUCAAUGCUGUUCGUUGGGACCCAUCUGGUCAAUAUUUGGCCUCUUGUUCAGAUGAUAUGACAGCCAAGAUUUGGUCAUUAUCAUCUGAUAAACCAAUACAGCAGAUUAAGGGUCAUACUUUGCAAAUCUAUACCUUGCAAUGGGCUCCUAAUCAACAAAAGGAUGGCGCCAAGAUUUUGGCCACUGCCAGUUUCGAUUCCUCCGUACGUCUUUGGGAUGCGCUGAGUGGAACGUGUCUCUAUGUAUUGAAUAAUCAUACAGAGGCAGUGUAUUCUAUCUCAUUUAGUCCUGAUGCUAGUCUAUUAGCCUCUGGUAGCUUUGAUGAAGUAUUGAAUGUUUGGGAUACAAAGGAUGGUACAUUAAAGAAGACAUACAAGGCAGAUGGAGGUAUAUUUGAAGUACACUUUAGUAAAAACGGAGAAAAGUUAGCAGCAUGUACAUCCAAUAAGCAAGUCGUUAUUUUAAAUCACAUGAACAAAUAGAAGAGGGCAUGAAUCUUGCCUCUCUUUCUUUCUUUCUCUUUUU